UGUGACAGUUGACGCGUGACAUUGAGAUUUGGCAUGUGACAAGCUGUGACCAUUAUAGGGGACUUUCCAAAGCGGUGUAGCACAAUAUAAUUUUGCUAUCAGUGUCAAUGCGCUGUCCACCACGUUCUGAAAAGAACAAUACAUAACCAGCUGUGGACCAGUAGAGCUUUAUAAAACGGGCUCCUCAUCUUUCAUCUUUCCCCGCACUUCAUCGAACUUCCUCACCAAAUGCGUAUUCCAUUUAUCACGAGUUCGCGUUAUCAGGAAAUCGGUCGCCGCAAAGGUGGUGGCGGUGGGGGAAAAAGUGGUGGUAGCAGUAGCGGUGGGAGUGGUAAAAGUGGUGGUGGAAAGAGCGGAGGCAGCUCAGGGAGCGGCAGCGGGGGCAAGACUUCAACGGUACCACUCAAGGGUAGCUCCUCCAGCGGCAAGAGCACUGCAACAUCAUACGGAUAUGGAGGCGGGAAAGCCGAAACCAUCCCUGUCGGACAGCUUUUCUCCGGCCGCACUGCUGGAGGCGGUUCAAGACCACAGGUGUACGGCACAAGAACCUAUGGUAGUGGAUACCCUGGAUACUCUGGCUAUGGUGUCGCAGGUCGAGGAUUUCCGUUUUGGUUCUGGCCGGUUGUUUGGGAUGGAAGUGCAAACCAGGCCCUCCAUAAUACUGAAUACGGUGAUUCGUUCAAUACCAGUAGAUUGGGUGGACCGAUGGCACAGGCCAACUUCGUCUCAAAUAACACGGGUUCGACUUUCCAUGUGCUAUCUGACAACAGUACGGUUGGCUCCUUGAUCGGUUCCAUCAACACCAAUUGCUCGUCGCAUUUGGCAUCCUCGAGUUCAACAUCUCCGUCACCGUACAACUCAUCCGCUGCAGGAGGCCCUCAGCCGGAGCAAGCCAUACAGUACUACCGCUCUUCCAGCAUCGUGCUCACUCUGGAUGGCUAUAACAACUCCGCUACAUUCAACAGCAAUCCAAAUACCGCAGACUCGCCGUUGCCUUCUGGGGUGGACAUGACUCUUUUGGACUGCUUGAAUUACACCAUUGGUCAGGCUGCUCCGUUGAUCGAUGGCGCCAGUUCGCACUUCAUUUCGCCACCAUGCCUUGGUUUCGUCAGCUUCGUCUGGGUCCUGUGGUUUUUGGUGCACUAUGCUUGAUUCCUCCGAAUCACAUCCAGGCCCCAAGGAUCGUCACCUUUCAUUUCACCGCUUCUUCUCAAUAAUACCCGGGUCUCCCGAUUCUUCCACUAUGUCCAGCGGUCAUGCUCUGGAUCGCCCUGUUCAAUGUCCAUAUCAUUAUGUUCAAUUCCACAUUGUUUAUUGAUAACUUAUACCUGUAUAUUCCUAUUGCAUACGUGCAAUCUUAACAUAUUGUAGCAUACCCUUGGACUUCAUACCGAUGCGCUACCGGUAUUGGUCAGUCGUAAUACGACAUAUUUCCCCCCCUCCCUCGCC